AUGGAGGCUUUGGCCCUGUCUACAGAGUUAGACUUCCCCAAAGCACUUGAUAGCCUACUUGACUAUGAUAUCAAGAGUUUAAGGUGUACUGAAUAUACACCUUGCGAACGCUGUAUCGUGAAAGAGAUCCCCUGUUCACGAGAUGAGGCCGACAACCGAAGGGGGCGGAAACGUGUUCUAGAAGAACUCGAAAAUAAAGCCGACGCUCUUGAAACGCUAGUCACAUCGUUGCGAUGGUCAAGUCAAGCAUCGUUACGAAAGCUUCUCGACCUCGCCCGAGUUGGGAGCCCGACUGAGGAAAUCGUUCAAGUGGCUAAAGAAAUCCUCCGGGAAAGGGAGACUCGCGAUCAGCUUUCGAAGCGUUCGAUACAGGCUAUAAUGAGCCUUGCUGCGUUGAUUGAUAGGCCACCAAUCCAAGUUCCCGCUUCCCCAUGGACGAGUGUUACCGACGAUGACGCUGCGGUAUCGCACCUAAUGUCAGUAUACUUCGCCUGGCAUCAUUGUGCAUACCCUUCAGUAGAUGAAGCCAUCCUUAUCAGGGAAAUGAGAUCAAAGAACCUGUCCAGCCAAUUUUGUUCUCCGUUGUUGGUCAACUGCCUAUUACUGGUUGCAUGCAAUUACACUGAUCAUCCAUCUGCAUUUGCAAACCCAAAUGAUCGCUCUACAAGAGCUGCACACUUUAUGGAAGAAGCGACGAGAUUGUGGGAAUUCGAGGAAGCCAAGGCAACUUUGACAAGUCUACAGGCAUUUCCCUCCCUAAUCUCCAGUUGUGUUUUCCUUGGGAAGGACCGUGUUGGUGUGCUCUAUGUGACUCAAUCGAUCGCCAUUGCAAACGACCUCAGAAGGCAUAUGAAGAAGCGCCUCAAGCAGGAAAAGCAACAGCCCUUAUCGCGAGAAGUCAUACGAUCUUAUAACUUAGCACUUUCGGCAGUGUUUAGUAUUCAGACUGAAGUGGCUCUCGCCUGGAUGAAACCACUCACCCUGCAACCACUAGCAUCGGCAUCUCCAUACGAAGAGGAAGAAUUAAACAUCAAAGAAUCCUGGCAACCAUAUCCGAAGCUGGAGCUGGAAGUGGCAUGCUAUCCGUUCGCUAUCAAUGAUGCACGUUUUCGGCUGUACAAGACUGCGGCAGAUCUACUACCUUUGAUUCUGUGUGGCAAUCCAGAGGACAGUCCCUUCCCUGGUCAUAUCACUUUGGACACCGCUUCAAAGCUUAGCCAGUUGAGUGAGAUUGAGGGAAGACUGCACACUUGGCACCGAGACUUACACCCGGGAGCAAAGAAUGAGGUUCAGGAAUCUUCUCCCCCAGCUGGACCACUCGUCAAUCUACAGUACUGUAACCUUAUACACUCUUACCUCAUCGAUGCUAACCUCGACAGUCUUACGUACCACGGCUUCCAUAUCACUACACAAAAUCUUGUCCUUCGUGCAACGAAUGCUGCAGACCCAACGCAAGAAGUGGCCAAAGAGAAAGUCGUCCUGGCGUGUCAGAGCAUCGCUGAUAUCUUUAGAUGGCUACAGCGCACGAUCGGACUAGAUUACUUCGGUGUUACCUAUGCUCACGCGGCAACGUUAUCAGCGUCCAGUCUUAUCGAGGUUCUUCCUCGGCCUGGUCUGACGGAGGAUUUCCACAUAAUGAUUGUCGUCUUGAGCAACGUCGCUCAUCGUUGGAACCUUGCGUGGGGCGUGAUGAGGAUGCUUUGGAUAACUCUGCAGGAGCGUAAACUGGAAAUGUGCCUUGACGCAGCCACAAUCGAUCUAUUCAAACUCAGUGCUGUGGAAAAGUGGGGACCAGAGGACCAUCGCCUGUUCGAGAUGUGUGCCUAUCCCAAUUAUGCGGCUAUCAAUGAGAGAGGGCGUGAUUUUGUGGAGAUGGGCGAGUUAUUCAAGGAGUAUGCAGCACUACAUCUGGGCGAGGAAGAUCGUAGAAGUGCAUCUGGCUAG